AUGAUGCGUCUUUCUCGGCUUGGCGUCACGGCCGCCGCCACCGCGUCGUCGUCGUCCGCGCUGCUUCAGCAGUUCCGCGGCGUGCGCUACGCCAACAUCCAGGAGACUCUGAAGCCCAUCCCUGGUCAAACUGCAGGCCAAAUUUCCAUCUUGAACGAGAUAUGCUGCAACCCGGAUGCGGAGGAGGAGCGACGCAAGCCCAUCUUCCGUGCUGAGGUGAUGCCAGAUGCGGCUGCCGCGGCGGAGGAGGACAACUACCUACACACGAUGCACAAGUGGGGCUACGACUCGCUGACGCUCUUCAAGAAGACGAACGAAGACCCUGGUCCGUGGUGGAACGCCAACGCCAGCACGCUGGCGUCUAACUGGUCGCAGGUUGGCGAUUACGCGAAUGCCGGCAUGUGGUCGGGUGUGUGGCGCUACACGUACGGCAUCGGCGAGUAUAAUCUGCGCCCUUACGAGCUGCGUGGACGUGCGUGGGGACGCAAGGACCCCAAGACCGGGGCCAUCAUGAUCCGCUACGGCAAGCGCAGCACCAGCAAGCCGGUGCAGAGGUUCUGCUUCCCACACACAAAGGAGCACGAGCAGCAUCACCGUAUCAAAAACCCGGCAAACAAGGACGUGACGGAGAUCUCAGCCCUGCACGGCAAGCGCGUUCUGCGCGAGCUGCAGUACCACCUCGGUCAAGGCCUGCGCUUCUACCUGGUAGACGGCGUCUUUGGGAGCGACCCAGGCACCGCCACCCCGUACCGCAUCAUCACGGACAACCCGACCCAUGCCUACUUCGCGUCCAUGGCAGCGAUUCGCACCUUCAACUACGUGGCGCGGCAGGAGGUGACGCUUGUGAAGCGACUGUCGCAGUCGCCGAUCGACGAGUGGGGGUGGCGCCGCCCCGGUGUGCUUAUCUACCACGCCCCCUCCUACGACUUUGAGAGCCCGCGCAUCGUUGAGGAGUUCGGGGGGCCGAGACCGAAGGACAUGGGCCUCAGUCACAACCGCUUCAUCGCGACGGAGCCUUACAGCAUCCCCAUGAAGUGCGCCAUGGGCGGCGAGCCCAGCUGCGACGCACUCCUCGACAGCACAGCGAUGCUGUGCGGUCGCUGGGGCUUCUACGCCGACGAGAAAGGCUACCUCACCAUCCCUGGCGAGUCGAUCAUGUCGAAGGAUGGGCGCUCGCUGACGCUGGUGAUCACCGGCGACGAGGCCGACGCGGACGCUCUGCGCACGUCGCCGCAGCUCUACGGUAGCCGGCAUCACCGCAUCGCCAACGGCGUUGUAUCCCGCGCGUGGGAUGUCGUCUCGAUGCCGGUGCGCGCCGCUGGCGCAAAGUUGCUGCCUACCGACAUUGUGGAGCAGGACCUCCAGCGAGUGCAGCACAGCUUGCCAACGCGCAUAGGCCUCCCGCAUACCCUCUCACACCGCCACCACGGCCGCCGCCACGUCAGCGAGUACGGCUUCAAGUGGCCACACAACUACACGGAAGAUGUUGUCACGAAGGCCUACGCCGGCGGCCAUCUGUUCAAGGCGCCGAAGACCGACAAGCUCGCCGGCCAUCAGCCGCGUCCUUCGAGGUUUUUGAUGAAGGACGUCGAUGUGGUGGUCAUUGGCGAGGGAAGCGACGCCGCCGCGGCUGUCGUAAGCACGCUCAAGGACCGCGGCAUGCUGUACGCCGAAGAGGCGCCGCUGAUGGAGGCGAUGGCGGCGGCACUGAAAAUGGCAAAGAGUGUAAAAGUGGUGCCUUGUGCAAGCUCAAAGGCCCUGCUGGGGAAGCUGGCGCACGCGUAG